UGUGUACCUGUCUGAUCAAAGGUGUCUAUAUAAAGUCCUUGAAUCUGUGUGGGUUCAAACACAUUUCGCAGCUUCAGGAUCCUGAAGGGUUUCAUUCUGCUUCCUGAAGACCUGAGCCCAUCUCCCAUAAAGCCAUGGCUUGUCUUGGAGUUCAGAGGCACAGGGCUUGGCUGAAUUUGGUGUUCAGGAACUGGCUCUGCACUGCCCUGUUUUCUCUUCUCUUCAUCCCUGUUCUCUCUAAAGCCAUCCACGUGGUCCAGCCUGAUGUGGUGCUGGCUAGCAUCCAGGGUGUCGCCAGCUUUGUGUGUGAGUACUCAUCUCUCCACAAUGCCUCUGAGGUCCGGGUUACAGUGCUGAGGCAGACCAGCAGCCAGAUGAUUGAGGUCUGCGCCACAACGUACACAGUGGAGAACGAGCUGGCCUUCCUAGAUGACCCCACCUGCUCGGGGACCUCCAGUGGAAACAAAGUGAACCUUACUAUCCAAGGCUUGCGGGCCGCAGACAUGGGACUCUACAUCUGCAAGGUGGAGCUCAUGUACCCACCACCAUACUACGCGGGCAUGGGCAAUGGAACCCGGAUUUAUGUCAUUGAUCCAGAGCCAUGCCCAGAUUCUGAUUUCCUCCUUUGGAUACUGGCAGCAGUUAGUUCCGGGUUGUUUUUUUAUAGCUUCCUAAUCACAGCUGUUUCUUUGAGCAAAAUGCUAAAGAAAAGAAGCCCUCUUACAACAGGAGUCUAUGUGAAAAUGCCCCCAACAGAGCCAGACUGUGAGAAGCAAUUUCAACCUUAUUUUAUUCCCAUCAACUGAGAGACCAUUGUGAAGAACAAAGAUCAUGUUGAAAUUUCCAGGAGUUGAGGCAAUUCUAACUUUCAUGCUACCUGCAUCUAUUUUAUUUGCUUAUAUAUUUUGGGAGGGAACUUGUCUCUCUUUAAUAUAAAGCUGGAUCCAGGACUCAAAUAAAACAUACUACAAAUUGAAGGACCAGGAAAGCAGAGCCAGGACAUUGCUGUCACAGCAGAUCCAGUUUCAGUAAAAGCAUCAUUUGUGAACAGGAGGAGGAUGAAGCAUUAUGAUGGGGGGGGGUCAAAGAAGUAAAUUAGGAAAUGAAACAGUCCAAAAAAAAGAAAGGGAGAGAGAGAGAGAGAGAGAGAAAGGACUGUAUUGUGUGCACCUUGUAUUUAGGUGUGAGAUGUUUAUUGCUUUUAAAUUUUCACUCAAUCUCUUCU